AUGGAAGCUUUUGUCUCGGAAAGUUUAAAUCCUGUAGUUUCUCCUCAUGAAGAAGAAGAAUAUAAUCAAUAUGUAAAUCAAAACAAAGAUUUAGUUCUAACAUCAACACCCACAGGAGAUGAUGAUCCUUCACUUACCCGUCACACGGAUUAUAAUACUUAUGCAAGAUUUGUACGUAGAGCGAAUUUACCAAAUCCUAUAACCAGUAUGAAAGUUAUUCAAUCUGAUGAAAAAAUAUAUGACGAUUGUUUAGAUAUACCAAAAAAAUAUGCGAUGAUGCAAGCAGUUGGUUCAAGUCAAGGUGGUGCUCCUAAAAGUAGAUAUCAAGCUUAUGAAGGAUGGUUAAAAACUGGAAAAUUAUGA